UCCUCCUCUGUGUGUGUGUGUGUGUGCGCGCGCACGCACUAUGAGGUGAGCGAUAACUCCAAAAAAAGAAAAAAAACCCUCUUCUUCCAAAACACUGCUGUAAGUAGUCGCGGAUGGGAACACCUUGUCAACUCAACUGACUGAACUAAUUCUGUGGACUUGGAUUAUAUGGAACAAACGGACACACAAUAAACCACUUUCUGUUUGCAUCACCCACAAAACUGGCAAAGUUUGCCCUAAUUUAAGAUUGAUGAGGCGUUAAUCUCAGAGAGAAAGAAGAUGUUGGCAUUGUUGUUUCACAUAAUUGCCAUUGUUGUGGCUGUCUCCGUUACGCAGUGCCAAACAGUUUGCAACAGAGACGCUUCAUUUGAAUGGCACCCUAAAAAGCACACAAUCCAAAUGAAUUGGACUCUAAUAGGAAACAUCUGUAGGAGCAGGUUUGAGUGCUGGGACUCUCUGGGGGGAGACAAAUCGAGUGAGCAGCUUUUUAACUUCCCACAGAUAUGCCCUCUUCAGCUGCAACAUGGAGACAAACUGCUGAUGUCUGCUGAUGAAACACUCGGGUCAUACGGCAUCAGAAUCCUCAACGUGUCAAAAGACACCUUUGAAAGUUGCUCUACAAACGGAGGGUUUCAAAAACAGUUUCUGUUCCCCCACAUAAUAAAUAAAAGCGAGCAAGUUGAGGCCAAGUGGAUUGUUCCAGGUCAUCAUUAUUUUAUUGCGCUUCACGGAGAUGACACACAGUUGUGUAAGUUUGGUUUGAGGCUUAAUGUCUCGGUCAAAGCACACCUUUGCCAGGCCUCACCUCUUCUCCGACUCUGUUCGGGGAAUGGAGUUUGUCGGACAGAUUUCUGGAGAAGUGCGUACCACUGCAGAUGCCGCCACGGCUACACUGGGAGGUUUUGUGAAAAAUUCAAUGCCUGUAUGGACAACCCUUGUGUAAACAAAGGAAUCUGCUUGGGCAAUGGAUCCACCGAUCCAAACAACAGAACCUACAAAUGCCUGUGCCCCCCACAUUUUACUGGGGUUAACUGCUCUGAAGUUGUUGGGAAAGAGAACUGCGACAGAAUUUGUGAAAAUGGGACGUGUGUUGAAAUCUCGCCCACCUCCUUCAAAUGCAUCUGUGACACUGGAAGUUCUGGUCCACCGUGUGAGAAGAAGAAAGCCCCGUGUGACCCAAAUCCAUGCAGAUAUGGUGGGCAGUGUGCAGAAACCCCCAAAGGAUUUGUUUGUCACUGUCCGGACUCGCAAGUUGACUUGGACUGCACGCCGCGCUCAUGUCAGGGGGAACAGAAUUGCACUGCGGGGGAGCAUGUCUCUGAAUGUGUUUGUGCAGAUGGUACUUUGGUCCCAGAUUGCAGGAGGCAGCAGAGCAUGUGCAGCCCAUCACCGUGUCUGAACAAUGCUACCUUCCUGUCUAGGGGAAAGGAUUACUUUUGCAGAUGUCUGAGUGGCUUUUCUGGGAAGAACUGUGAAGAAAUAAUUGACUACUGCCAACUGCUCAAUAUCAACUGCCUAAAUGAGGGAUUGUGCUUGAGUGUAAUUGGUGGAUAUAAGUGUGUUUGUGCCCCAGGGUGGAUUGGAGAGUUUUGUCAACAUGUAGGAGAUGCCUGCUUGAUGCAAGCAGACAGCUGUUUAAAUGGAGCCACGUGUGUUUCAACAAGCCAGCCUUCAUCUCCCCCUCAGUACAUCUGCAAAUGUCCUCUUGGUUUUUUAGGAUCAAUGUGUGAGACUGAGAUCAACGAGUGUGAUUCCAGCCCCUGCCAACACAAUGCUACAUGCUCUGACAUGCUUGGAGACUACGUAUGCACAUGCCCUACAGGGUUUCAAGGAAAGAACUGUGAGAAGGAUGUAGAUGCCUGCGCCCUGCCUGGCAGCACAUGCCCACCAAAGACGCGGUGUUUGGAUCUCCCUAAAGGCCUUGACUACACCUGCCGUGUACCCUGUCCUCAAAACCAUCAGCCCUGUGCCAAUGGAGGUGCCUGUGUGUUGAGCAGCGCCAGUACCUACACAUGCAUCUGUUCACGUGGUUGGUCCGGUCAGAACUGCCGUGUAAAUGUCAAUGAUUGUAUUCAGCACUGGUGUCAAAACGGAGCCACUUGUGUGGAUCAGAUUGGUGGUUACAGCUGCCUUUGUCCCCGUGGAUACACGGGGGUCCAUUGUGAGCAGGACAUUGAUUACUGUGUCCACAGUCCCUGCUCUGAACAUGGCGUUUGCCUGGACCAGCAGUAUAACUUCACCUGUCGCUGCAUGCAUGGUUUUGAGGGGCCGCUCUGUGAGGUGGAAGCAAAUGAGUGCAUCAGCUUUCCCUGCUCAAAUGGUGCCACCUGCGAGGACCUAAUCAGUGAUUAUCGGUGCCACUGUCCCCUGGGGUUUGAGGGAAGGGCCUGUUCUCAGAAUGUAAAUGAUUGUUGGUCGCAGCCUUGUCUAAAUGGAGGCUCGUGUUUGGAUCUGAUAAAUGACUACAUUUGUCACUGUCCUCUUGGGUUCAAGGGGAAAGAUUGCUCUUUGGAUAUUGAUCUUUGCUCGUUUGGACUGUGCACCGAGCACACAUUAAUAUGCACCGAGACCAAGGAUGGACAGAAUGUCACUUGCACAUGUGAAAAAGGGUUUGGAGGGUCGUUUUGUGAAGUAAAUCUCAAUGACUGCGAGUCAAAACCAUGUCAGAAUGGUGGCAUUUGUGUGGAUGGCAAUGACCUAUAUCAGUGUCUGUGCUCAGAGGGCUUUCAGGGUUUCAACUGUGAAAUCAACUAUGAUGAAUGCACCCAUGGAUACUGUUCCAAUAAUUCCACAUGUAUUGACUUGGUUGCAGAUUAUGAGUGCAUCUGUCCUUCAGGCUUUGCUGGCAAAAAUUGCUCCAUAUCUCUGUCUGCUUGCACAGCAGAUGUGGAGUUCUGCAGAAAUGGCGGAACUUGUUCCCACAAUUUGGCUGGAGAAAAAGAAUGUAUUUGUCCCUUAGGGUACCAAGGCAAAGACUGCUCCUUGUCUCUGAGCCAGUGUGUAUCUAAUCCGUGCGACCCUGAAGGGACUAUUCUCUGUGAAGAGCUGGAAAGUACUUACAGAUGCUUGUGUCAUCAUGGCUACACUGGGACGCGCUGCGAAACACGUAUAAACCACUGUGUUGAUGGCCUUUGUCAACACAGUUCGUUGUGUGUGGAUCUGUCAGGAGGGUUCAGAUGUGAUUGUUUACCAGGCUUAACAGGGCAUUUUUGUGAGGUAAACAUUGACAACUGUGCAGGAGAUCCAUGUGGAGUUCUGAGUGUUUGUAAAGAUGCUCUGAACGGAUACAGUUGCUUUUGUGCUCCAGGAUUUAUUGGAAAUAACUGUGAGAUUGAAGUGAAUGAAUGUCUGAGCCAGCCUUGCCUGAACGGAGGCUCCUGCAUGGAUGAGCUUGACUCAUUUAGUUGUCAGUGUCCUCUAGGGAUAACAGGCGUCUUCUGUGAAGUCAAUAUAGAUGACUGCAUGUCGUCUCCCUGUCUGCACAGUGCCACGUGUGUUGACCUUGUUCACAGCUACAAAUGUAUCUGUAAGCCUGGCUUUACAGGUACAAUAUGUGAACUUGACAUUGAUGAGUGCGCUUCAUCUCCUUGCAAGAAUGGAGCAACUUGCAUUGACCUGCCCAGUAAUUACUUCUGCCAGUGUGUGGCUCCUUUUAAAGGUCAAAAUUGUGAAUUCUUACCCUGUGAGGCCAGUAAUCCCUGCGAGAACGGUGCAGUGUGUGUGGAGGAGUUGGAUCAGGACCGUUUCCCUUUAGGCUUCCGCUGUCACUGUCGUCGGGGCUUCACUGGCCCCCGCUGUGAAAUCAAUGUGGAUGAGUGCAGCUCCAGUCCCUGUUUUCACGGUUUCUGCUAUGAUGUUGUAGAUGGAUUUUACUGCCUUUGCAGUCCCGGUUAUGCCGGCCUGAGAUGUGAAGAGGACAUUGAUGACUGCAUCAACAGCUUAUGCAGUUCCAGCUCAGUAUGUAAGGACCUCCAUCAGAGUUAUGAGUGUGUGUGUCAUUCAGGCUGGGAGGGGCAGUACUGCCAACGAGAAACUGAUGAAUGUUUAUCGCAGCCCUGCAAAAACAACGCCACCUGCACAGACCUUCUCGACGGCUACAAGUGUUUAUGCUCGCCGGGCUGGACAGGUGUGGACUGUGCAGAGGAUGUGCACGAAUGUGAUUCUGGACCCUGUCUAAAUGGAGCUGAGUGCAAAGAGUCUGACAUACCUGGGGAGUUUUCCUGCACCUGUCCCCCGUUCUUCACUGGUUUUCUGUGCGAGCAGCCCUACGACCCUUGUGACCCUCUCCACAAUCCAUGCCUGCACAACUCCACCUGCCUGACACGCUCCGAUGGAACAGCCUCUUGCAGAUGCCCAGCUGGAUUUGAAGGAAGUUUGUGUGAAAUUGACACCCCCGAGUGUGACUCGAGCCCAUGCCAAAAUCGAGGGGUUUGCGUGGACCAGGUCAAUGGCUACAGGUGUGAUUGUGAGACGGGAUUCUCUGGCCUUCGAUGUGAGGAAGACGUCAAUGAGUGUGCCUCCAACCCUUGCAGCAACGCUGGCGUCUGUCAGGACCUUGUGAACAUGUUCCACUGCAUUUGUCCUCCCGGUUACUUCGGAGUGCUGUGUGACCUGGACGUGAACGAGUGUGAAGUUUCACCUUGCCUACAUGAGGGCAUCUGUAUCAACACACCUGGAGGCUUCAAGUGUGUCUGCUGGCCCGGAUACACAGGGUCACGUUGUGAAGAAAAUGUCAAUGAGUGUAUUUCAAGCCCAUGCCAGAACAGUGGAAGAUGUAUUGAUGGGCCUAAUCGAUAUCACUGCUGGUGUCCUGAUGGUUUCAUUGGACUCCACUGUGAGACCAACUUUGAUGAAUGCAUGUCAGCACCUUGUCUACAUGGGAGCUGCAAAGAUGGAAUAAAUUCCUACACCUGUCUUUGUGAACCUGGGUGGAUUGGCAGCAGAUGUGAAACAAAUGUUGAUGACUGUUCUUGCAYCCCCUGCUUGAACGGAGGCUCCUGCGUGGAUCUCAUUGAUAAAUUUGCAUGCUUCUGUCUGGAUGGUUACACAGGAAAGAUUUGUGAAAAUGAUGUAGACGUUUGUAAAGAUGCUGCUUUUAACGUCUCGCUUUGUUUCAACGGAGCCACCUGCCUCGAUGGGGAAGGAUCGAACUUUACGUGCAGCUGUCCACCAGGUUUUACGGGGGAUUUCUGUGAAGUGGAUGUUAACGAAUGUUGCUCAGCACCCUGCCAGAACAGCGCUGUUUGCCAGGAUCUUAUUAAUAGCUACGUCUGCCACUGCAGGUCAGGUUGGACAGGCCUUCACUGUGAUGAUGACAUUAAUGAGUGCCUUCCACAGCCCUGCAACCAGGGGAUAUGCAUCCAGAAUGAUCCAGGCUAUGGCUACACCUGUUUCUGUCGUCCUGGAUUUGUGGGGAGGAACUGUGAGCACAACUAUGACGACUGCCUGCUAAAUCCAUGUCCAGAAGCCUUUUCUUGUGUAGAUGGCAUCAACAAGGUCAGCUGCCUGCCUCCCGUUCUAGAUCAAGUUCCCUUGGUGACUGUAGUUGAGAACAUCACUAGUGGCUACACACCCCAAGUUCUGAUGCCAACUUUCACCCCAGCACCAGCAGUUGAGCUGCCCACAGAUUCGAGCUACCUGCAUUAUUUUGGGAAUUCGUACCUUGAGUUUCAAGGUAUUGACCUUGACGAGCUCAACAACAUUACAGUGAGAUUUCAAACCAUGGCAGCUCAGGGAACUCUUCUAUAUGUGGAUCAAGGACCUGUUAAUGGUGACUUCUUUUUCAUGAAACUCUUCAUUCAGGAUGGAAUCUUGCAGUAUGCCUUUUGCUGUAAUGAAGAGGAGGAGGUUACAUGGAUGAGCACACUUGUUCAAGUUGACGAUGGCACAGUUCACAUUGUAAACAUCAGACAACAACUGACCCCCUGUGAAGCGGAGCUGUUUCUGUCUGGUUAUGAYAAAAUUAAAAGUGCACCGAGUAAUUACUGGUUGGGACACAUGAUCCAAAGAACAAACCACAUCUUCACAGGUGGUUUGCCACAACAUCUUCCCAGUCAGUUUUUUUUUUCAAAGAAAGCAGAACCAUUCCACAACUAUACUGGUUGCAUUGAAAUAAUUGAAMUUAACCAUCUGAGGAGCUUCUCCACAUUUGACGCCAUCUCUGGGAGCAACAUAAACCGAUGCAGAUACACUGUAAAUGCAGUAGAGGACUACACAACAGGUCCAUUAAGUCUGACAAGUCGCUUGGCUUACCCUGACAUGAUGAACACAACAAUGAAAAUGGUGACAGCAGCUUCUCCACCUCCCAGUCGCCCUCCACAUGAAGCUCCGGUUUGCCAUGAAGGUCUUUGCAGCAACGGAGGAACGUGUCAUCAGCUYCAGCUGGCUGGCAGAACUCUUCCUUCCUGUCACUGCCCGCUCCAUUUUACUGGAACUUCAUGUGAAAAAGAUAUCACAGUGUACAUCCCCUCCUUUGAUGGCACAUCAUACUUGGAGCUGCAGCCUCUUGGAGUCGUCCCACGGCCUCCUGAUGACGGCGAUAGCCAAGCCUCUGCAGCUAAGGACACCACUCUUCUUUUGACAGUAAAAGCCAGAUCAACACAGGGCACCAUCCUCUUCACCCAGGAGCAAAAUCUUGGAGAUCAGUUCCUUCAUCUCUUCCUUCAAGAUGGAAGCCCUGUUGCUGAAGUUGGUUGUGGCGGCAGCCAUGUUUUAAACGCAGCUGCAGGAGUGACCGUGAACAAUAACAGAUGGACGCCAAUCAGGAUCCGCUUCAGCGUGCCUGUUGGCAAACAAGGGGGGUCAUGUAGGAUUGAAAUUGCUGCAGAUAAUGGCACGGCGCAGCAUCAUGAGGAGUUUGUGUCACACGCCAUGUCAGAGGCGACCUUUGGACCCAUAUUUCUUGGUGCCGUUUCAUCUCACUGGGAAAUGCAUGAUGGGAGUGUGAAAGGAGAUAGGAGAUUCAUCGGCUGCAUCAAGGAACUCCAGGUCAGCUCUAAAGAAAUUGACCUGCUGGGUGAGGCGGUGAGAGGAAGAAACAUCAGGAACUGCGACCCGCCUGUCUGRCAACACCUUCCCUGCCGUAACGGAGGAACGUGUGUCAGUGAUGCUGAGGACUGGUUCUGUGAGUGCCCUCCUCUUUACACCGGCCGACUGUGUCAGCUCAGCGCCUGUGAGCGCAGCCCCUGCAGUCAUGGAGCCACGUGCAUCCCAAAGUCACCGCUGGAGGCUGUUUGUCUCUGCCCUUACGGGAGGCAGGGUCUGCUGUGUGACCAGGACAUCAAUAUAACUCGUGCCAGAUUCAGUGGGCAUGAUGAGUUUGGUUACACGUCCUUCGUGGCUUACACCUCCAUCCCGAGCCUGAGCCUCUUCUACGAGUUCAAGCUGAAGUUCACACUUGCAAAUAACUCAUCUGCUGUCAGAGACAACCUGAUCCUGUUUGCUGGACACAAAGGACAAGGUAGUGACGGUGAUGACUUUCUCGUUUUGGGACUACGAAGCGGAAGGGUCAUACAUCGGUUCAACCUGGGAUCAGGMGUAGCGACCAUAGUCAGCGAUCGACUCGACUUCCACAUCAACGUCCACACGGUCGCCUUCGGAAGGUCAAAGAAGACAGGAUGGCUGAAGGUUGAUGGGCAUCGUAACAGAACAGGAUUUUCUCCUGGACCUUUGGUGGGCCUCAAUGUUUUCAGCCAGCUCUUUGUAGGUGGCUAUAAUGAGUUCACCCCUGAACUGCUGCCAGUUGGCUCCAAAUUCCGUCAAGGCUUUCAAGGGUGCAUUUUCAACGUGCAGUUUCGGACUGGAACGGACAGAAGGUUUCAGGCUGUGGGCCAGCCCUCGGGUCAUCCAGCCUUCGGGCGCAGUGUGGGUCAGUGUGGAGUCACUCCCUGUGUUCACGUUCACUGCAGGAAUGGAGGGACGUGCGUGGACUCRGGCUCGUCUGUUUACUGCCAAUGCCCACUUGGAUGGAAUGGAGCCCUCUGCACUGAGACGGUGUCUGUGUGUGAUGCUGAGCACAACCCCCCUCCUCUGUGUGCCCUCGGCUCCACCUGCAUCCCUCUGCCAAACGGGUAUACCUGCCAGUGUCCUCUGGGGACAGCAGGACUCCACUGCCAGAAAGCUGUGACUAUCAGUGAUCCAUUCUUCAGCACUAAACAGUCUUCGUGGAUGUCAUUCCCACCAAUGAGUGUUAGACACAGGACUGUUGUGGAGCUGCAGUUCCAGCCUUUAUCACCUGAUGGCAUCCUUGUCUACACUGCACAGCAUCUCAGCGCCAGAGCUGGCGAUUUCUUCUGCCUCUCCUUGUCAUCGGGGUUUGUCCAGUUGAGAUACAAUUUAGGGGACGGCACCAACAUCCUGCAGUCGGAUAAGAYAGUGGACUUGCACGGCAGGAUGUGGCACACGGUUAAGGCAGGUCGAACUGGUCACCGGGGCUUUCUUAGUCUGGACGGGAAGGAAGUUGGAGAAAAAGUGACUGAAGGAAUGGCCACCCUCGAUGUCGCCACCGAGAUCUUUGUUGGAGGCGUGUCCACGCUGAGCUUCGUCUCCCCUGAUGCAACUGAAAGGGAGCCGAUGAGCUUCACAGGUGGCCUGAGAGAACUUCUAAUCAACGGUCAAGAACUCGAGCUGACAGAGACGGGAGCGGUUGCUGGAGCAAACAUUGGAGACUGGGAUGGGACGCCUUGUGGGUAUAAAGUGUGUAAAAACAAGGGUCAAUGCAAAACCACAGGGGUCACCUCAUUUAUUUGUACAUGCCCAUCGUUAUGGACUGGCURUAAGUGUAACCUGUCUGUAAGCUGCACAAAUAACACCUGCAGACAUGGUUCCCUGUGUGUUCCAUCUACUGCCACCUCCUACAGCUGCAUAUGCCCCAUAGGAUGGGCAGGGACAAACUGCGACAAAGAACUGUCCUCAGACACUUUCAGGUUUGUUGGAAAUUCCUACAUUAAAUAUAGAGACCAGAGAUUCAAUACAAGGAGCUUAAAGAACGCACAAAUCACUUUUGAUGUCCGCACAAGCUCCAGUGAGGGUUUGAUCAUGUGGAUGGGAAAAGCUGAACAUGAAGAUGAUGACUACCUCGCAGUUGGACUUGAAAGAGGCCAUCUGAAGAUUGCAGUUAAUCUGGGAGAAAGACUUUGUCGUCCAUUAACUUUCGAAAAGCGCUCUCUCUGCUGCAACAAGUGGUACAAUGUGUCCUUAAGCCUCGACAGCACYAUUCUUCAGGUGUUCCUGGAUGGUGAUAAAAUCGUUUUUGAAGAUGUGGACCCGUUUGAGAGAUAUGUAGCCUUAAACUACGGGGGUCUGGUUUACUUUGGAGGYUUUGAAUUACACAGAAAUGUCUCUGUCGUCACCUCUGGGACUUUUUCAAAGGGCUUUGAGGGAAGUGUCAGGAAUGUUUUUUUGUUUGGAGAUACAACACCGGUGCAGUUUUUGAAAAAUAGCGACGGUUUUAAUAUUUAUGAGGGUGUUGAAUAACAAUGAAACCGUACUUCUUAACCUGUACAAAAGACUUAAAAGGUGAUUUUAGUGGUAUUUUUAUCAUGUAUCGGUAACUACUUUUAUUACAUAAAAAAUACAGCACCUUCUUUAUAAUCAACAAUAAAAAAGAAAGAUUAGUUUUAUUACGAACUGUACAUUAAACACACAGUGCAAAGGCACACUUAUUCUCUAAUGUAUAAUUAUAAAGCCAAAAUGUACAGUUUAAUGAAAUUGUUUAAAAAUAUUUAAGCAAUGAAAAAAAAAAGACUAUGCUGCUCUUUAGAUUGGUUCAUAAAUAUGAUGUAAAACAUUUAGGCUAAAAUUAGAUCUCAUCUUGUAAUUUCAAUGCACAGUCCACCCUGUGARCAGCAGCUCAAUAUGAACAAGAUAUAUACAAUAAAUAAUUGAAAAUGUUCC